UUGAAACUCAGUAGUCGCAGCAGAGAACUGACAGUGAGUAAAAUGAUGCAACGUCUUACUGAGAUAGAAUGGACAAGCUUGACGCAGUACUAUACGCUACUAAUACCCACCUCUUAUCUUCGGGAGCAUGCAUGUUACUUGUAAGCUUUACUUCAUCGUGGAGAGUUUGAAGCAUCUCUAUAAGUGUCGUUACUUAUGAUAAAACAAUGACGAACAAGUCCGACUCGGUGGAUGGAGGCUGGGCCUGGUGUGUUCUUCUUGCAACUUUCACAAAUCAGCUACUCUAUGCUGGAGCUGUCCCUUUAGUUGGGAUAUACUUGGUUGAAUGGCAGGAAUAUUUUGGAGUUGGAGCAGGGUCUUUAUCUUUCAUUGCCACUGAACUUACCUUGGGUUUACCUGCCAUUGGUUUCCUCGUAGGGGCGUUAUGUCAACGCUUUGGAUGCCGUCUUGUGAUGAUAAUUGGUGGUGUUAUUGGUAUGAUUUCUACUUUCUUUGCUUCAUUCUCAACACAACUCUGGCAUCUCCACAUUUAUAGCACACUCGCAGGUGUGUUUUACGGCGCCGCAUACUUUCCCAGUGCAAUCGUGAUACGUUUUUAUUUCAAGAAACGGCUUGGAUUUGCUAAUGGGAUAACAUAUGCUGGUAUGGGAGCUGGUUUCUUUGUGAUGUCUCCCUUGCUAGAGACACUUUGCUCGGAGUAUGGAUGGAAAGGUGCAUUGAUGAUUCAGUCUGCUAUCAAUGCAAAUUUCAUUGCCCUUGGAGUGAUCUUACGACGGACUAACAUGGAGCAGACGAUCAUGAUUGCAUACAGAUCAAAGCCGUUAACAGCCAGUCAUCAGGUCUCGGAUGCCAAUGACUUGUCAAGGGCCGAGUCAUUGUGCAAAAGGAUCUUACGAAAUAUCGACGAGACCUUUGCCAUCUCUCAUCUGGUGAAGAAUCCUUUUUUCAUUACCUUAUGUCUGGUGUCAAUCCUAUCUUUCGCCAGCCACAUAUCUGUGCUAAUCUAUACAGCACCGAAGCUGGUUGUGGACCUUGGCCUCUCAAAGACCACGGCCAGUCUAGUGAUGUCGGUAUACGGAAUCACCAGUCUUCUUGCGAGAGUUUUCCACGGGUUUCUUCUUGAUCUUAAAUGGAUCAGCACCACCAACCUGUACAUUUUAUCGCUGUUCAUAGCGGGGAUCCAACCAUUGUUCAACCCACUGGUCACCUCGACUGCGGGACAGUUUGCGUUGAUAGUCGUCUACGGUAUCGGUGCCGGAAUCAUGAUACCCAUGACGAUGCUAGUCUGUAGAAAGUACGUUGCGAUUAGCAUUGUUUCCAGUGCCAUAGGACUGCUUAUAACAGUAGGAGGAGUAGGAAAUAUUCUUGGCACACAGUUAAUGGGACAAUUGUCUGAUGCCACAGGUUCUUAUGCAGUUCCGUUUUACGUGAGUGGUUCUUUCUAUUGGUUGUCGGCCAUAGCAAUGGCGUUGAUCACCAAGUGUAAACGAUUCGAAAGCGGCAAUCAGCUUGAUAUAGCCGAAGCUAUUCCGGACGUAGCUGCAACACAGACUGACCUUGAUGAUAUCCCUGAAGACACCUCGAAGGCCACGACCGGUACAGGUUAUCAUCAAAUUCCUGGAGAUAUACAGGAAGGAUCGGAUAAUUGGGAAUCCGCGGUGUAGAGCACAUUGUAUCAUAAGGAGUUAUUUUAGUAUGUUGUUGUACAUGUAGGCCUAUAUGCUAUAUACAUUUACUACCACAGGACUACAUGCUUUUGAAAGACUGACAUCGAUCUACAUUUGCCACACUCAACCCAGGUUAUGAA